AUGUCGAAUGCUCAUAAUCAUCGUCACAUCAUGUCGACUACAUUGGAACAGACACAGGAAGGAUGGGACGACUCUGCUGCAAACUAUGAUAAGAUUAUGGAGAUCACAAACUUUACAAGGAAGUAUGCAAUGGUAGCAUUGGACAAGACGAUACCUGUUAAUGAUGAGACACAUACAAGCUUACCCACUGGCCUCAAGAUCAUCGACAUUGGCACAGGUGCUGGUGCACUCUCUAUUCCGGCAGCACAGCGAGUCAAGCCUUUUGGUGGCACAGUGUUGGCCACUGAUUACUCGCACUCAAUGAUCAACAUCCUAAAGAACAAACUGAAACAACAACAUGAUUACACCGAACUCCCAAUCGAGGCCAAGGUGAUGGAUGGUCAGUGCUUGGAGUGUGCUGACAACACAUUCAACUACGCCUACAACUUGUUCGCGUUAAUAUACUUCCAAGAUCAAUUGAAGGGCGCAAAGGAGAUGUACCGUGUGCUGCGGCCUGGUGGCCGCGCCGUCAUCACAUCAUGGUCCGCACCCUCGCCCUUUGGUUCAUCGGCGCGCAUCGCUGUGGAGAGGCUAUAUAGUGCAGCGGGACUGCCGCCACCCCCACCUCCACAGGCGCCAGUAUCAUCGCUGUCGGAUACCAAAGUGUUUGAGAGACUGUUACAGGAUGCAGGAUUCAUCAACAUCGACAUCACAGCAUCACGCCAAACCAAUGACAUUGACAUCGACACAUUCGUUCAACUGAUAGAUUACAAUCCAGUUGUUACAACUGUCAAGCAAUCACUUCCAACAACCCUGAUCGACAAGUUUGACGAGUCCUUCAAGCAAGCCUUACUCGAGCGAUAUCCCAAUGGCAGGUUGGGUGAGCACCUUGGAUACGUUGCGACUUGUGAGAAGCCACUUCUUGGAUGA